AUGAAAGUGUUCGAGUCGCUGAAUUGCUUUCUUUGCAAGAAACCGUUUGCCCGUAUCGCCAAUCAGCCUCGUUCACCACGGAUCUUGAAUUGCGGAUUGGCCGUAUGUCAUGAAUGCUUUGAGAUGGAAAAGGCUAAAUCGUUGGCGACAAACUUUGUAGCACAUCUAGUUGGGAGUUAUCUAUUUGGUAAUGUGAGAAAACAUCAUUGCAACUACACGUGUUGUUACUCGAAUCCCAACUUUGCAUACUAUUUAAUUGAUAUUCUAUCGCAAGAAGAGUCUCUUGCACUCGCUCCAACAAAAGACGGAUAUGUACUUGAGAAGCCAUUCCAAAUUCCUGAAUGCCCGGUUUGCCAUGAGGAAUAUUCAAUCACGGUCGAAGCAAAGAAAUCAAUCGUUCUCGCUUGCAAUCACGCCAUUUGCACGGAAUGCGCUUUGAAUUUACGGGAACUGAAUCCGAAUGAAGUCACUAGAGAGAAUGAGGACAUUAUCACUUGUCCGCUCUGUAGAAAGGGAACUGACACAAAGGUUAAUAAGGCGAAAAAUCUACUGCAAGAUUUCCUGGCUGAGUUGGAAUCAAUGAGAGGAACUUGCGCUGAAUGCGACAAAAAGUACAUUGUUGAUGAAAUGCUUCGAUGCGUUGAUUGCAAAACUGAGAUUUGUGCUAUGUGUGUUUUUAAAAACCAUCGCACACAUAAGGCCUGUCCUCUUUUGGGAGAAAAGGCUGAUGAAAUGUUCGAGACACUAAAAAGCGAUUCAAGAAAUGUCAUCCAGAAAAGGAUCGAAACGCUUGACCAGGAGGCGAAUGUUUUUUUGUCAAGCAAAGUUGGUGACUGUGCUUACUUGGAUGGAAGUGAUCGAAUGUGGAAGAUCACUUCCUGCAAUGAGAAACACAAAUGGUUGUGUGCAACGAAUGCGAUCAUUCCAUCAACGACAGCUCCACCGACGACAGCAUCGGAUCUCGGAUGUGCACCUCCCGAACAGCAACCAUUGUACAAAUGCAAAAAAGGAUGGCAAUACAAUCCACAAACAGGAUAUCAAUACAUGGUUGUCAUUGAUCAAAGUUACACAAAUGCUGAAUCAUAUUGUGUGAAUCAAGGCGGUCAUCUUGUUUCGAUUCACAGUGCUGCUGAGAAUGAUUUUGUGAAGAAUCUUUGCUGUACAUCGGCUUGUCAAACGAGUCACAACAAUUUGUAUGCUUUUUAUUUGACUGGUGGGAUAAAGACAAAUGGAACGUUUAUCUGGACCGAUGGGAGUCCAUUCGAUUAUCAGCACAGUAUUUGUGAGACCGAUGGAGAGGACAAUGAUAUUAUUUAUAUGAUGAACUUUCAAGGAUCUUCCAAUUUGGACAGAGGACUGUCAGCGUUUACUUUCUCCUCGCCAUUUCUCCUCUUCAUCAAUCUAUUUCUUAAUGUGCUCACUUUUUAUAAUACU